AUGGUUUCAUGUACUCUGUGCAAGCCACCAAUGGUCACCCCGGCACACCAGUUGAUGGCAACUGCCGCGGUUCUGGGUAUCAUUUACGCUGUGGCCCACAUCGUUACAUUCGCGGUGACGACCGCGGGGCCCGGGUGGGACAGCACGUCGCUGCCCCUCGACCUCACGGGGUGGAUUGCGGGCACCUGCUUUGCCGUCCUGUGCUGGAAAUCAUCCAACCUGAGCAGCGCGAGCAACAAGAAGCACAACCGGUGGAUCUCUGUGUGGGCCGUCAUCACCUUUGGGGUUCGAAUUUUGGACACGCUCAUGCUUUUCGGUGUGGUGAAGCUGUCUGCGGUGUAUAGGACGCCUGAAGGUGCCGUCUUGUGGACGAAUGUCGUGAGUGACGUCAUCUUUGGGAACUUGUUCGUGUGGUGCGCAUUGGCCGCCUCCAUUAUGAUUCUCGCGCGCCCGGAAGAUCUCGGCGUCGAAGAGCCAAUCGUGGUGGAGGGUUCCGACAUGAUCGUUAACAGCCACGCAUAG